AUGGAGACCGAAGGCUACCGUGACCUCCUGGAGACCAGCGAUGGGCAGGGGGUGAGCCCGCUGGACGGAGGGGGCGGAGGGGCAACGGACGAGGCCUGGAGCACCCCCUACCCUCUGGGCUUCCAGGUGUCUCUGACCACAGUGCUCAUGCUGGAGCUGGUCCUGGGCUUCAGCAGUAACCUGACAGUGCUAGUGCUGUACUGCGCUCAGUCUAACCUGGUGGACUCUGUGAGUAACCUGGUCACUGUGAACCUCCACGUGCUGGACAUCCUGGUAUGUGUGCUCUGUCUGCCCCUCACUGUGGCUGUCAUCCUGGUGCCGGCAAAUGGGAGCGGAGUGGGGAGCCUGGCCACUCUGUGCUGUUUCCAUGAGGCCUGUGUCACUUUCACCAGUGUGGCCACAGCAGUCAAUGUGCUGGUCAUUAGUUUGGAUCGUUAUGACAUCUCUGUGCGUCCGGCGAGCCGCCUGCUGACCCCGCGCAGAGCUGGGCUGCUAUUGGCUGCGGUGUGGGCGGUGUCUCUGGCUGUGUUCUUUCUGCCGUUCCUCGAGGGGGACUUCUUCUCCAGCAGUGAGGAUGAGGAAGAUGAGCCUGAUGACUCUGAGAUCACCAUUGGUCCAGCCCUGUCUUUCUCCACUUCCCCCUCCGCCAUGCCCCCCUCCCAUCCUCCGCACCACCUGAGCCCAGCCUGGCAGAACCGGACACUGCUGUGCGUGGGGGGACAGGGCUACUACACGGGCAUGGCCAUGUACUAUCACCUGUUACUGCAGGUGCCCUGUUUCUUUGUGGCGGUGGCCGUCAUGUUGUUCACCUACUCCAGGAUCCUCCAGGCCCUAAACAUCCGCAUCGGCUCCCACAUGAUGAGAGGCUCUCGCUCUAAAGACUCCACCUGCAGAAUCCGCUGUCGGAGGCAGAAGAGGAAGGACCUGAGCCUGCCCACAGACGCAGCCUCCUCCAACCAGAACCAGAAUGCCUCCCACCCUCCGCUCCUCCCCUCCCCCACCCCGACCCCAACCUCUCCCCCUACCAUGUCCUCCUUCCCCCCGGGCAUGUCCGACAGCGGAGCAACAGUCACUACAGUGAGCACCGCAGCUACUACCCCCAUCGCCACCACGCCCGCCACCCCGGCAUCCCCCACCCAGCCCUGUGCGUCCGCCCAGACCCACAACACCCCUCUGCCCGCCUCCUCUGUGGGGGUCCAGGCCUCGGUGUCGGCCAUCAUCGCUUUGAGAAGGGCAGUGCGCAGACAUAGAGACCGCCGAGAGCGUCAGAGGAGAGUGCUCAAAAUGUCCCUGAUCAUCAUCUCCACCUUUAUGGGCUGCUGGGCCCCCCUGUCUGCGGUGAAUGUAAUCAUUCUGUGCAUGGGCCCCAGCGACGGGCUGGUACGCCUCCGCCUCUGCUUCUUGGCAAUGGCGUAUGGAACUACAAUAUUCCACCCUCUGCUCUAUGCCUUCACCCGGCAGAAGCUACGGCGAGCGCUCAAAACACGCGUCAAGAAAAGGGUGGUGUCUCUUUUGCAGGUGGACCCAGCUCCGAGCGGGGGGACUGUCAUUCAUAACUCUUGGGUGGAGGGAGGAGGGCAGAGGAAAGCUCGGAAGUCCAGAGUGGAGGCCAGCGAUGGGACUGACCGCUGCCUGACAGAAGCAGUGAGAGAGUGA